GCACGUAAAGCAGGUGUUCGAGGUUCGCUGCCUUGGCUUUCGCCGAGGGCGCGAGAUGAUCAUCACGUUUUGAAUCGCUUUCAUGAUGAUACCACACAUCAUGUACAUCCAGCUUGGUACAUCAAGAGAAAACUUGGCAAAAAAUGGCGGAGUCGUUUGGCACGAAGUUUGGUGGUUUCCCUGGAACAUUUUUGGCUUUCGAAGAAGAAAGGCCCUGAUUUGGUGAUUCCUCCUUUGAGCCUGUGAGCCAUGAACCGCCCUUUCCUCCCAGACUCCGAGCAGCCGGAGGAAGCGGGCUCACAGCCUUCAUGGAGCUGGCUGGCUUCAGGAAAGGCCUUUCAUCAAGCAGUGUGUUGCCAAUUGAGUGCUUGUUCCUCCAGGCUGGAGUCAGCCUUGUCGACGGAGUCAGCCUUGUUGAAGAUGUUGAAGACGAGGCAUCCAGAAGCUCCAGAUCCCAGACUACUUGAAGCAAAGGUCCCAGCUCUCCUUGCUCAACUUGAAAGCUACUUGCAAGAAGGCUUCAAAGAUACACGUGUUUCAUCAGCCGAACCAGAUUUCAUUCAAGAUGUUUUGAAGCCGGUGGAGCAAAUCGCCCUCACACACUGCUGCGUGGUUUUGGGGCCAGCUGGUGCAGGCAAGACCACUUUGGUGAAUCACUUGUGCGGCUCCCACUUUCACACGGGCCCACGAGCGGAGGAUAAGACCAUUCAGGCACAAAGCUGUGUUCUGAAGCUCAAGAAUCUUCCGGACCAGAUGAAGGUGCUGAAGGUGGUGCUGAUUGACACUCCAGGGUGGAGUCAUGAAACCAGCACAGAUAUCAAGAUGGAGUACAAGAAGGUCUUGAAGGAGUAUGAACUCGUGUCCGAGCACACCCCUCACAUCAUCCUUUUUUGUGUCUCGGUGUCGAACAUCCGCCAAUUCCAGGAGAAGGAGGCCAAGAAGAUGAGUGAACAGCUGGAAGAGCUCAAGUUUGAUCAACGCUUCCCAGUCAAAGUUCUGCCAGUUGCCACUUUCUCAGACACACAGGAUCCAAAAGAUUUGGAGAAGCUCAUGUCAACCAUCAAAGCACUUGCCAAGAAGGCCUUCCAAAAUACCGGAGCAGAGGUGGAAGAGCCCGAGUGGACCAUGUUCAAUGCACAUGAGGAAGCACGGGGGGUGUAUGAAUUGAAGGCUCGCAUCAGCGACAUGCUCUUUCAACAGGUCCAAUCUUCGCAGUUUUCUGACCUGUGGAAGAAGACCUUUGCUAAGAGUGUGGCUGAAAGAGCAGAGGAACAUUGCAACAGUGUUCCGGAGAACGAGUCUCCUCUUCGCUUGUUCCACAGCGCCUUUCGCACAGUGGCUGCAGCUUGUGAUAUGAUGAUUUUGGAUGUAGGCGACUUCAAAAGGAAGACAACCACGAUGCAAGACUUGCCCUGGGACAUCAUCCAGAGCAUCCCCCACACAGGUGAACAGAUGUGGCCAGUCGAGCUUUGCGUGGGUGUGCUUGGGAUUUUCUUGGUCCUUAUCGCAUGGUUUUGUGGUUUUAAUGCCAUUGCACUUCUCGCCCUUCCCCCAUCGCUUUGCAUGAUUUGCUGGAGCAAGUAUGCAUGGUACAAGUGCACGCACUGGUGGCGGUUGCUGAGGCUUUGGAAGGUUCCUGUGGAAUGGAAGAGCUCAUCACUGCCACAUUGCAUGCGCCGAUGCAAGCAUAGUCGAAUCCGGUACAAAUGGGCCACUGGCAUCCUCGGCUUCAUGUUCGUCGUGCUCUUUUGGGAAGGCCGCACAUGGCACCAGGAGGACGAAGGGACUUGUUCAUGGGGCACGCUUCAUGAUCAGUGCAUGGGUUUGGAACAUCUUGUCACUGCUAGCAGCGCAGUUUUGUGCAAAAGAGUUUGCUGCGAUCUUGGGGAAGAUCAUUGUACUGUGUGGCAGUACGACGAAGAUUCGGGGGGCUGUUGGCUUGGAAAACCUCACGACGACUGUCACGGCAGUGGGUGGUUUGCCCAUGGAGGUCGGCGGAUGUGAUCCCACCGGUGAGAGACUCAGGCUGAGCGGUGGAAGUCUCCUUGCCGUGCUUGCCAUGCUCAUGAUCCAGCAUUGACACGUGACACGUAAUUAACACCAGUUCCUGUGGCAUAAGACACACAUGUACGCACUCCGCACAGGUUAGGGUGCCAAUCCUAUUGCAUAUUUUGAGAGCUUGAAAUGGCAUCUUCCUUGGAAGCCAAUGGAGUCAGAGUCGGUGGCUUUCCACGCAAUUCCGGUUGGAUCAGAAGUGACCUGUAAACCAGCCGCUACCUUGGUGGUUCGCAGGUGCAGGUCGAAUCGUCCGACGGCCGAUUCAUCAACUUCCGCCGACUUGGACCAGCCGUGGGACAUGCGCCUCGCACAAGACGAGGUGCAUUUAUGCGCAACAGAGACGAUUUGAGAUGGUCACUGGAUGUGUAGAAUUGAUUGAAGCGGCAAACAUUGAACUGAACUGCUGGGCUGCUCUCCAAGAGAACCAGAC